GUUGGGUCUUGUCGUUGACAAACUGUAGAGGCCUAGCUUAACAAUAAUUCAUAAUCAGAACAUUCUGGCAUGUCCACCAUAUAAGAGAAAAACAAUCACAAGACACAUUCAUCUGUACGUUCCUACCCAGCGACCAUACGGCCUGGUGAUAUCAUUCGUCUGCCGAAAUGGAGGAAGCUCAAGUUUUUGUCCGAAAUGACGCGGUGGAUGUGUGUGUUCGCCAGGUGGCCAUCCCCAAACCCGGAGCCGGUCAGAUACUGAUCAAAGUUGUCACGACUGGCACCAACCCUAAAGACUGGAAGUUCCCAGCAUGGAUGGAAAACUUCAAUGGCGCCAACACGGGAGAUGAUAUCACAGGAUACGUCCAUGAGAUCGGCGAUGGUGUCUCGGGAUUUCAAGUCGGAGAUCGGGUCGCGGCUUAUCACGAUUACACAGCUCCACAUGGCAGCUACGCUGAAUAUGCCAUCGGGGCAGCCUACGCCACAUUCCACAUCCCCGAGAAUAUCUCCUUUGAGCAAGCCGCGACCGUCCCCCUGGCCGCUAUGACCGCGUCGCUAGCACUCUUCUCUCGCCUGGGGUUGCCGGAACCGUGGUUCAAAGAGAAGACAUGGGCUCAAAAGCCAGAGGGUGGAGUGCUAGUCUAUGGUGCUGCGAGUGCCGUGGGAACAUUCGCUAUCAAGCUGCUACAGAAAGCUGAUAUUCAUCCGAUUAUCUGUGUCGCUGGACGGGGAAAAGAUUUCGUCCGCAGUCAUCUGGACGAGAGCAAGGGUGAUGUGGUCAUCGACUAUCGCGAAGGUGAAUCGGCCGUCGUCGCUGCCAUUCGGAAGGCCACCAAGCAGCUACGGUAUGCUCUGGACGCUGUCAGUGAGAAGGCCAGUUUCAGUGUUGUCACUCAGGUGCUGGAUCCGGACUGCGGCGCUAUGUCUGUUGUCAGUCCCGUGGGGCCGGAGGAGUGUCCUGAGCAGAUUCGGGUGGAAUUCACUGAUGUCGGAAGGGCCCAUAAAGAUGAGCAGGAAUUUGCUUACAUCUGGUCGAGGUUCUUCACGCUUGGGCUUAGGGAAGGCUGGCUCACGCCUCAUCCGCAUGAGCUCGUCCCUGGUGGUCUGCAGGGUGUCCAGACAGCAUUAACCAACCUCAAGGAGGGAAAGGCCAGUGCGCUCAAGUAUGUUGUGAAGAUCAAGGAGAAUUGAUUCAGUGCGAGCUAUUCUUUCAAAAUAUAACACAUGUGUGCAUACCUGCGCAGGCGAGAAGAAUGAACAUUGGCAUUGAUUGAAUUGACUAUCUAGAAUCUACCAGUAAGACGUUGAAAGCCUUGGUAGAGACAAGCUCAUACAAAGGUUUUUCUGGGCUUCACAGCACUCUUCAAUACAAAGAUUCUUGAAACAAAGUGA